AGAGAGCAUGUCCCAUGACCCGCGUGUCACUCUAACUUUCUCACUCGAUCUUCUUCUUUGCAGCUUUCAUGGCCCUCUUCUUCUUCAUCAUUACCAGCAUGGAUCUCUCGCGCUGAAAAGCACCGUCCUCUUGAAUUAUCUCUUCUGCAACCGCGUCAACUUUUUGAUACGCCGCGUUUCGAUAUACACGUGCGUAUUGUGGAUACGCGACAUUUUCUUUUCCUCUCAUCUCGCUCUCUGAAACCAUGGCGAAUUGGAUUUCCUCUAAACUUAAAGCCGCAGAGAGCAUUCUCCACCAGCUCGAUCAACAAGCGGCUGAAUCGCUUGGCAAGAACGAGGGUUUUCGAUCCGAGGAACUGAACAUUGAUGCUCCCGCUAAAUCAGGGAUUGGUGUGUCUCUGAAGGAUCAAUUGAAGAAGAAACCCUUGGAGGGCAGUGAUUAUGGUGGAAAAAUUCGCAGUGAUCCUAAUUUUAAUGGCCUUAAAGCUACAGCCAGUGCACCCAAACUAUCUAUCAAAUCUGGCCCUACCUUAACAAACGAUGAUUGGACUGAACUCCUUAAUGCACCUAUAGCUACUCAGUCUUCUGCUUCUGGGAGCAAUCAGGGUAAUGGGGUGCCCGCACCUCGUGUUUUGAGGCAAAAUAGUGGUAGGAAGCUGAAGGGUUUGUCUUCAUCUUCGUCGGUGUCCGAUGUGAGGAGGAAUGCAAGAAGUGGCAACAGUGGUCCGAGGUCCUUUCAGAAGUCAGACUAUGUGAAAGAAGUUAAAUUGAGUGGAAAAGCCCCUGAUGAUGGAAAGGAAUCUACAUCUUCGACUUCAACAAGGAGGAGUUUGGUUGUAGAAUCAGAGACUGAUGGUAAAUGGGGUAAAGAAUCGAAGUAUUCCGAUGAGGGCAGUUCUGAGAAGCCUGUGAUCGAGGAAAAUGGAAAAGAAGAAAAUGAUCAUCGGUUUAACUAUAGGGACACUUCUCCACCAGAAUCGUUGCAGGAGGGCGACCAAACUGUAGCUGCAGAAACAAUACCAGCAUUAGGGAUUGAUAAGGUGCAAGAGCCUAAGAUUGUGGUAGAUUUUGACGGCACCCAAUUGAGAAGUGCGAGAAAAGAAAGGCAUGAGCUUAAUUCAACCUCUGGGAAUUCUAUAUCUGACAAUCUGAAAAGGGUUUCUCCCAUGGCUAGUGAUGGAGAUUCUGAUUCAGAUACUGAGUCCGGUUCAACAUCUGAUUCUGAAAGUGAGCAUGAGAGGGAGGAAAGGAGAAAGAGGAGGGAAAGGAUUCUGGCUGAAAAAGCUGCAGCUAAAGCUAUAAAUGCUAUCAAGGAACGGGAAAAUAUGGUGGCCAAAUUAGAAGGGGAGAGGCAGACUCUAGAGAAAAUACUUGAGGAGCGAGCUAAAGAACAAGCACAAGAGGCUUCACAGCUUCAGAGCACUGCAAUGGAAACUAUGGAAGCUGUUGAGUUAGAAAAGCAGAAACAUAAUAAUACUAGAAUGGAAUUUCUUGCACGUUUAGCUAAAUUAGAGACUGCCAAUGCUGAUCUUGCAAGAUCCCUAGCGGCUGUGCAGUGGAACCUUGAAAUUGAGGUUAAACAAGUAGCAGAACUUAGACAGCAGAUCUCAUCGAAGGAGUUGCUUCAUGAAGAUCUCAGAAGGAGAAUGAAGAAUCCUCCUCAAACUGGAGCUUCACAAAAUCAACUAGCUUCGAAAGGUGUGGAGUUUGAACGGGAAAUUCUAGAGGCAGAGCACUCUUUAAUCAAUGAUAAAGUUACUCAAUUGGAGGAAAAGGCAAGAAAGCUGGAAGCUGACAUUGAAAUAACAAGGAAAGAGAUGGAAGAGCCAACAGAAGUUGAAGUUGAGCUCAAGCAAAGGCUUCAACAAAUGACUGACCAUUUAAUACAGAGACAAGCAAAGGUGGAAUCACUCUCUUCAGAGAAGGCAAGUCUUAUGUUCAGAAUCGAGGCUGUGUCAAGGUUGCUGGAUGAGAACACGUCAGCAUCAGGUGCAACAAAUAUGAAUCGUGCUUCUUCAUCCAGUGACUUAGAAUCAGGAUUAUGGGAGCUCUCGAAUUCAAAGCUGAACCCUAUGCUAAAAGCCAGAAUUCAUUCUGGCAAGAGACAGCUUGGAUCAUUACUUCAACAACUAGAUCAUAUUUUUGUUACCGGUGCACUUUUUCUGAAAAGGAACACAACUGCAAAAUGGUGGGCUUUGAUAUAUCUUGUUUGCCUUCAUUUCUGGGUGUUUUAUAUUCUUUCAUCACAUUCUGGCCCGUCAAAUGUGGGUAGAUCUGGUGCCCAGAUCUCAUUGGAGAACAUUAAUAACACUGGAGGAGUUUGAUUGUGUUGCAAUGUGUCUUUUAUUUUUGUGUCAUUCACUGCGGCUUUUAUGAGGUUCUCAAUAUAUUGGAUAUCUUUUGGAACGCCGGAAUAUAUCAAACAUCGGUAGUUGACAUGCAGAAUGCCCCACACUUUGACCAGAAAUAUACAGGACUUCAUAGCUUCCUAUUUCGAUGAACUAAAUCUCUUUGACGUCGUGAAACUUCAUUGGAUUUGGAGGGAAUCCAUCAGAGGAGCAACAUCCUGCUAUUUGUAUUGACACAAUGGCUGAUCUAAUGAUGACAGUUGAAAAGUAUUGACGCAAUUAAAGUAGCAAUAAGUAUUUUGUAUGUACAGUUUAGCAAUAGACAUGGUCACAGAAUAAGCCUUUGAUGUAAGCUGUGUUGUGACCAUAGAAUUAAAAACAAAAGAUUCCGCCGAAAUUAUUAUCCUUGAAUAUUGUAGAGAAAGAAAGAAAAAAAUCCAUUUUUUUUAUCUUACAAUUAUUAAUAAAUAUCGAUUCAUCUGUGUAA